AUGGGCAAACUCGUUGAUCAUUCCAGAGUAGUCCUCGAGACGUUGAAAGAUGAUCCUCACUCAGACUACUACAAUGCUAAUUACAUACGGGAUGACAAGGGGAAGAAGACAUUUAUUGCUGCCCAAGCCCCCAACACUGCAAGCAUCAAUGAUUUCUGGCGACUCAUUUGGCAGGAGAAUGUAUGUUCGGUUGUCAUGGUUACAAACACCAUGGAGGGAGGCAAGGAUCGCUGCACAGUUUACUGGCCGAAGGAGAUGGGUAAGAGCAAGACGUUUGGUGGGAUUGAGGUCAAGCUGAGAACCAUUGAAGAGUUCUCAGAUCAUGUGCACAGGGUUCUGGAUGUUAAGCAGGUGAGUGGAGGUGAAACGAGGUCCGUCCAUCAGUUCCACUACCAGUCCUGGCCUGAUAUGGGUGUUCCACAGUACCCUACCACACUCAUCAGCUAUACACAGACUGUCAAACAUGUCCAUGAACGGAUCACUGCUAACACCAAGGGCUCCACACCCAUGCUUGUUCACUGCAGUGCUGGUGUUGGGAGGACAGGAACGUUCAUCUCACUCUACUGCAUGCUAGCACAGGUCAUAGAAGAGAGCAGGGUCGACAUCUUUGGUUUCAUUCAGAAGAUGAGAAAAGACAGACCUAAUAUGGUCCAAACUGCUGACCAGUAUAUUCUCAUCCAUACUGCCCUAGUUGAGGCCUACAUGAGUGGUAACACUGAUGUUCCUGUCAGCAGUUUUGAAGCCAAGCUUUCCUCACUCCAAGAGAGGAAUCCACUUACCCAGAAACUCAACAUUGAACAGGAAUUUGAGAUCUUGAACCAGCUCACCCCUCCCGUCGGUCCACAAGCUUUCAAGGCUGCUGGUCUACCUGCCAACAUUGACAAGAACAGAUUCCCGAACGUUCUACCCAUGGAGAAGAACAGACCAUGCCUAGUGACAAAGGGAGAAGCAGGAAGCACAGACUAUAUCAAUGCCUCUUUUCUCAAUACAUUCAUUAAGAAGGAUGUGUUCCUAGCAACCCAGAUGCCCCUCCCUCAUACCACCGGUGAUAUCUGGAGAAUGGUGUAUGACUGGAGAAGUCCUGUCAUUGUCAUGCUAAAUGAACUUGAUCUUCAAGACAAGUCCUGUGCCCAGUACUGGCCCAAUAAAGACUCGGUCCAGUUUGGUCCCCUCAAGGUGUCCAUCAUCUCGGCUGAAACCAUCCGCAGUGACUACGUCAUGAGGAAGUUUGAGAUCAAGGGACCUAAGAAGGGAACUCUGACAGUGAAGCAGUUUCAGUUGAUGGGUUGGGAUGGUAACCAGAAGAGACCCGCCUCCUUAGCUCCCAUCCUCCAUCUGGUUGAUGCUGUUAGUGAGUGUGUAAGGACAUCACAAGUAUCAGGUCCAAUCGUGUUACACUGCAUAAAUGGAAUUGGUAGGAGUGGUGUGUUUGCAGCGAUCUAUUCAGCAGCUGAGAAGAUGAUAACUGACAGCUCUGUCGACAUCUUCCAAUCUGUGAAGAGGUUACGAGCAAACCGUCCCAGCAUGAUUGAGUCAGUGGAUCAAUACAGCAUCUGUUAUGAAGGCAUGGCAGAGUACAUGAAGAAGUUUGAUGAGUAUGCGAACCUAGACAUGUGAAGAGAUUGAUUAUGCUUACAGUAUGUCGUUUCUACCGGGGGGCGUUUCACAAAACUUGUCAUCAGUGACAAUAGACAGUGUUUGUUAUAAACUACUGAAAUCCUUGCUUCCGAUUGGUUAUUAGCAGAUUUGUCACUGAUUUUUGUAAUUUGUCAGUGAAAAAAAGGCUUUGUGAAACUGGUCCCAGGAGUCCAAAUCUGUAACCUGUAAUGUAGACCUUCUCACAUUAUUUGUAAGGUGGUUAGUGCUUGAGUGAUGUCUAUAACUUUACUGGCAAUAUUUACAAUACCAUUUUGCUGCAUGUACAUGAGAUGCUCGUGAAAGAAUAGUUUACCAUAUUUUAGCCCACGUACAAGUUAUUUUUUUACUGGAUUCUAAUCUGACCAUUGCCAUUCUUGAUGUAUUCAUGAUGUGAUACUAUGACUUGCCUGGCAAUUCACUACAUGCUUUUGAUUAUACAAACAGUAAAAGCACUACCGGUAAUUGCACUAAUUAGUGGAUAAUGGUGUUUCUAAAAAAGCGUGUACCUAAAUAUAUACAUGUAGUAUUGUAGACCCAGCAAAAAGUGACUGUGUAUUAAAAUCCAUGAAUAAUGUGGAAUUUAGCAACGCUUGACAGGAUUUUUGAACACGUUGAAAUAUGAAGUAAAAUAUGACUUACAAACAACCAAAUGUUCAAUAAAGAUAAGCCUUCACUUUUUACUAUUUCUGUCUGUUUAUACAUGUUCAUGUAUGUGGUAUCUUAUGUUAUUUAUAAUUACAUGAAAUAAAGAAUCUGUGGUUAUCAUGAAAUAUAUAUGUACUUUAAAGAAAAGAAUUUUUUUUUUUUUUUUUUACUGUACUGGUAAUUCAAAUGCAUGUCUAGCUCAUUCUCAAAUGUUUUAAUGUAAUAACACUCGUUUAUAUGACAUGAAUAGUACCGCUAUCAAAAAGUAACUAUGCAAACAAGUCUUUUAUAUAUUCUUCCCAUUCAAAUUCACUCUUUCAAAGUACAUUAAUAAUUAUAAAAAAAUUAUGGGGAAAAUGCCUUUGCCAAUUUACCUAAAAAGAGGCCUAAACCUACAAAGGACUUCAAAAUAGAACCCUUUUUUAUGACUUAUAUACAUUUUACAAUUUGAUUUAUACAAAUCUUCUUCUUCUAUCGACUCCCCCUCCUUCACUCUUGAAGAGUCUUGGAGAUGCUUCUUUAGACUUAUCCAGUAUAUAUUCGAUUUUCUCCUUUGCUUAAAGAAUAUUUAUCUUGUGUUUAUUACUUAUAUGUUCAAAUAUAGUUAAUAUUACUUUUUUCAUUUAUCAUUGUAUUUUACCUCAUAAGUGUUUUCCCCUAUUAUUGUAAAGAGACUACAGGAGCUUAUUUAAUUCAUAUUUUAGGUUUUCAAAAUACUUCUCAUAGAAUUUGAACAUGCAUCGCAAACUUACAAUAGUUGACUAUUUUGUUAGCAACCCAAAUCAAAGUGCAUGAAAAAAAAGAGAUAAUUUGUUGUUCCAUUUAAGAAAUAAAAGUAGGUAAGUAUUUAGAAUCUUGUUUUAAACAUAACAUUUUGAUUCUUUUUAUUUAACAUCUAACAUUGUUACCACAAUUUUCACAAAGAUUCUAGUAAUGAUUAUUAAAACAUUUUCUUUCUAUUUCUGGGACAAAAUCACAUUCAUGUUGAUUUGUAAACCCAUUUUAUUUUAAAAUUGUAAUAUAGAUUGUUAACCUGCCAUAAGCUUGAACAAGCUUAAUCAAUGAAGUACAUCUUCAUCGAAAUGAAAUAUCACUUUUAUACAUGUGUUGUAUCCUAUGGUACCGUACUUAAUAAUAUAUUUACAUGUACAUCAUACUAUGUAAUAAUGACCCUUAGGGGAAAUGUUUUGUUAGAUAUGUUUGUUUUUAUGUCUUUCCAGAAUUUCUUAUUCUCUUUUACAAUUCUGCUUUCAUUCCUAUAGUUUUAUAUUUUAAUAAUUUUAUGUUUAAUUCGUUAUCAAAUAUUGAUAUUUGAAUGCAGUGGGGACAUUGAUGCAGUAACAAUAUAUUAUGAUAUUUUAUGAAAGUAUAUGUAGUUCUAAGUAUAUUAUGCAGAUUGACGAUUUAUUGAACAUAUCUUAUAUCAGUACUGGUGCUGAGAUGAUUACACAUAUAUGGUUAACCCUAAGAAAAAAUUCUGUUAAUGAUCACAUACAUGCAUAUGAUUUUAGUUUGAUUUUAUGGAUGAAGUAGAAAUAGCUUUAAUUUGUCUUUCAUAGUAAAAAGUGUGAAAGCUGUAAAUAAUAUUUUUUACAUAAUAUGAGAUUUAUUAAAUUAAUUGUUUUAUAUGAAAAUGCACGCUAUGCAUGUAUCAAGAUACCAAUUAGAAUCAUCUUUUUUCCCAUUUGAAGAACAGAUUAUUUUUACAGGGCUCGACCACUAUAUGAGAUCAUAAUUGCCAUUUCUUUCAUCCAGUGAACAUGUAAAAUGGAAUAGCGCAAUAUGCAAUUUGCGGUAUAGAAAUAUCUUAUUAUUAUUAUUAUUAUUAUUAUUAUGAGAAAUUCCUAUGAAUAAUUACAUUCCCGAUUGCUGCUAUUAAAAUGAUUUGUGAAUAAA